AUGCGGUUGAGCACAACUCAUCUGAGCGGUCUGCUCUCCUUGGGUACACUCGUCAUGGCAGAUCCAACAUGGCCCUCCUCGAUCGACGAGCUAGAAGAAAUCAUGUACCAGGUAUCAGGUUUCAACUCUCGACAAUUUGGCGGCACCGUCAUCCCCUGCUCUAACGAAGCAUCUGGGCCUGGCCGGCAGAAUGCAGCAGAAUGGCUUCGUACCGGAUUCCAUGAUAUGGCGACAGCGAAUAUCAACUUCGGCACUGGUGGAUUGGAUGCGUCCCUUCAGUAUGAGUUGAGCAGCGCCGAGAACACGGGACCGGGUUUCACGACGACCCUGCGGUUCAUGAAUAAUUAUUACACGAACCGGUCGAGUGUGGCCGAUCUAAUAGCCCUUGGUGUAUACUAUUCGGUUAGAUCUUGCGGGGGGCCGUCCAUUCCGUUCCGGGGCGGCAGAGUCGACGCCAGGGCAGCGGGUAAUAUAGGCGUGCCGCAACCCGAAAACUCGGUGUUCACGUUUCAGCAGCAGUUUAGACGGAUGGGGUUCUCGAACACGGAGAUGAUCCAGGUUACGGCAUGUGGUCAUACCAUCGGCGGCGUGCACGAAGCCGAGUUUCCCAAUUUGGUGCCCCCUGGAUCGACUCCGAAAGGAGAGGCGCCCAUGGAUUCUACCGUGGCUGUUUUUGACAACAAGAUUGUCACUGAAUACAUCUCAGGCAACACUACCGACCCCCUUGUCGUUGGGCCCUCAGUCAGGCUCACCCGGAAUUCCGAUAGCAAGGUCUUUGCUUCCGACGCAAACGUUACUGUGACGGCCAUGGCCGACCAGACUGCAUUUCACAAUACCUGCAAGAACGUGCUGCAGAAGAUGAUCGACGUGGUUCCUUCCGGAGUCACGCUAUCUGACCCAAUUCUACCGUACGCCGUCAAGCCGGUCAAUAUGCAGCUUACUCUUGAGACGGGUGCGUCGACUAUGGCACUUACCGGAUGGGUCCGGGUUCGAGUGACGUCCGCUUCCGUGUCGAGCAUCGCACUAAUCUACAAGGAUCGAAAUGGUGGGAACAACUGCGGUAACACAGGGUGCUCGUAUACUGCGACCGUCUUGGGCGCCACGGAUGGGUUUGAUGACAAGUUCAUCUGGUUUCCACUCAAUGUCAAGAUCUCGACGUCUACCGGCAUCUCCUCGUUUACUGUGACGUUGAACCGUGCCGACGGAACGAGGCAAGUUUUCGACAACAACGGUGUUUCAUAUCCUAUGGACGACGCUAUACUGAUCCAGAAGCCUCAGAGUUGUCUUCUUCAGACCUCUGGUGCUCUUACGGUUACUGCAGCUGUUCGGAAUGACCGCAACUCGUUCCCAGUCAAAUUAGUCGUUUCACAAAAAGUAGCAAGCGGUCGACCCAUCGCUACUCUUAGCUCUAACACCAUAGCCAUGACCCGAGGCGAUUGCGUUGGCCCCUACACCUUCUACACAGCCAGCUACACAAUCCCCGGCGAUACCAGCUCUGCCGCCAAACUCGAUGUCGUGAGUGGAACAGGUGAAUAUGCUAUUGGGGACUACUUUAAUGCGGCAAGCGAGUUGGGAGGUACCUGCCGUGCUUUCAGCGUCCCGCCAGCUUCCCUCUGCACAACUGGUUCAGUCACGACAACCACCCUUGGUGGUAGUUCGUCGACUUCAUCAUCUGUGACAGCGACCAGUACCACCAGUUCCUCUACUGGCCCAGCUACAACGCUGAGCCACCGACAGACCAUGGGCGGGUAUAGGCUUGUGGGCUGCAAGAAGGAACCCACUACCCCUGGGUCCCGAGCUCUCAGCGGUCGCAGCUUUGCUUACGACGGCAUGACUCUGGAGACUUGUAUGACUAACUGUUCUGGGUUUGCUUACUGGGGAACGGAAUAUGGGCGUGAAUGUUAUUGCGGUGACUCCCUCGAAUCAACCAGCGCAGACGCAGCCCUAGCCGAAUGCAACGUGGUCUGCUCAGGCGACGCAACCCAGUACUGUGGUGCAGGAAAUAGAAUCGAGCUCUACUACACCACGGCCACCGCAACUCCCACGGCAACAUUAGCGCCCAAGCCCACUGUUUCGCCCUACACGCGCGUGGGAUGCUACGAUGAAGUGUCGGGUCGCGCCCUGACGGGUGCGGGUUAUGCUGAUGAUGCGAUGACCCUCGAGAUGUGCGCUUCCAGAUGCGCUGGGUUCACGUAUUUUGCUGCCGAGUACGGCCGCGAGUGUUAUUGUGGGAAUACUCUGGAUGCUAGGAGCGUACCGGCUGUCGCUGAGAGUUGCAAUAUGGUUUGCGCUGGUAAUAGGUUUGAAUACUGCGGCGCGGGAGAUCGGUUGGAGUUGUACUCGUUGGCGGGAGCUUCAUCGUCGGCGCCGGCCCCAUCAAGCUCAACCACAUCGAGCUCGCUGAUGACCAGUACGACGUCUUCGAGUAUCCCCGUUGUUAGCGCAACGUCCUCAACCUCUCCUGGUUCUAGCACAAGUUCGAGUUCCACCGUCUCCAGCAGCUCAGUCCAAGCCUCAAGUGCCUCAAGCACCACUAGCACCACCUCCACUCCAACGACCCCCAGCACCUCGAGCUCCUCGUCCGCAACGGCAGCAUCCCUCCAGCACCGACCCACCGUAUCUCCCUACUCCCUGGUUGGCUGCUGGACCGAAGGCACGGGCGGAAAGCGCGCACUGGGCUCCAAGAAUACCGUCUCAGGCGCCUCGAUGACCCUCGAGGCCUGCGCUGCAUUCUGCGACGGCUACCACUACUUCGGCACCGAGUACGGCGGCGAGUGCUACUGCGGCAAUUCGCUCGAUGAGACAAGCAACGAGGCGCCGCUGGCGGAUUGUAGCAUGACGUGUACGGGGAAUAGGUAUCAGUACUGUGGGGCUGGCAACAGGCUUGAGUUGUAUUAUACCAAUACCACCACUGGCCCUUCGCAACCCCCUACCAUAGGGGCGUACUCCUGGUAUGGAUGCCAGACUGAAGGAGCUAAUGAUGUACGUGCUCUUGCGGCUGCAAGCACGGCGAGUGCUACGAUGACGCUGGAAUCUUGUGCGACUUUCUGUGGGAGUUAUCAGCAUUUUGGUACUGAAUAUGGCGGAGAGUGCUAUUGUGGUGAUGCGUUUAGUGCUGGAUCCGUGGCGGUGCCCGUGGGUGAAUGCUCGAUGACUUGUACAGGGAAUGAUAAGCAGUAUUGCGGGGCGGGGAACAGGUUGAGUGUUUAUUCUAAGAUGUGA